UGCUGGAGAUGGCGCUCCAGAUAGCGCAGAACAACCGCGACGGCCAGCAGCUGGUGGGCGCUGAUCAGGGAAAGGUGGAGGUGUACGUGCUGUUUGCAAACACCACAUACCGCACCCUGGACUUAUACUGGGUGUGCGAGCGGGAUCGGGAGAACAUGUACCUCACCCUCAAGCCCUUCGAGGAGGUCCGGGUGAACACGUUCACCACUCACAGCUGGCUGUUCCGGGACUACUACACGGGCGAACGAAUGCACGUACGCUCGCAGAGGAUCUUUCAGCCGAUCCGGGUGCGGGUUCCCAAGAACCAGCACAGUCCGGACCAGCUGGUUGACGUGCGCAGCGAAGUGCUGAUUCACUUCCCGAUGAGAUCGUUGCGUGAAAACUGCCUAUGGCUGGUUGCCCGCUGGCUGAUCCGGACGAGCAACGCGCCACGGAGGAUUAUCCACGGAUACCACAUACCCUCGACGCUGAAGCAACAGCUUCUCAGCUUGCUCACCUGCAUCGAGUCCUAUUCCCGAGUGGCAGGCACCCGACGACGGCGUUAGGAGCACGCGCACUCUUAGUUGUUAGUUAAACGGGGGGUAAUCAUUUUAGGUGCUGAGAGACAGGCUUGAUUUCCAAAUAAUUUAAUAACUUUAAUUGAUUUUCAUCCUGGUUUUCGAUUUUCGCUUAUUACUUAUGUACAAAUUGGCUGGCAUAGAGCUCUUUACAAGUUGGGCUACUACCAUUGCAUUGAAUUUUCUGUAUCUUUAACAGAUUACUUAUACCUAUGUUCUAUGUAAAUAAUUAUGUAUAAACCUAAUGUGAAACAAGUGUGAAUAUUACAUACAUAUAUGCGCAAUA